AAAUUGUUUUAAAUAUAAUAUGGAAGGUAAACGGUUAUUUUCAGCUGCUGGAGCCUACUUCUUCUUCAGUGGUGGUAUUGAUUUCCUGAAGAACUACACCCCCACUCUCAACUUUUAUGUUGUUCCUAUUGUGAUAGUGACCAUCGUGUCGUAUGUGGUUGCCAGCUGUUUCUUCAGCGUCUACUCCAUGGCUGUGGACACCCUGUUCCUCUGUUUCUUGGAAGAUUUGGAAAGAAAUGAUGGCUCUGUGGAGAAACCAUUCUACAUGAGUAAAGAUCUGAUGAACAUCCUUGGCAAGAAAAACCUGGUAAUGAAGAAGGGGUCACAAGGAGAGAAUUUCUAAAGACUAAAUCACCUUGGUAAUAGUGUCGUGACAAUGUGUUAUACUGACGUGGGUGAGGUACUGGUAUGGAUAUGAUGCCACAGAAUGAUAUUUCACAUUGGAAUUGAAACUAGUUAAGUGUCCAUGGAGGCCUACAUGAUCAAAUUGACAAUCAAUUAGAGUGAUUGAAUUGGAAUUAUAAGUUUUGUAUUUGAUACGCAUCAUAACAAAGCUACACAUUCAUCAAUUAUUGAUAAAUAUUUGUUUUUGA